AUAGACCCAGCUGCUUUGUAGAAAAGGCUAACAAACAGUCUCAGUUUACCACGCUGAAAACAACUUUUUCAUGGACACAAGAGACAGACAGAGUUAUGGAGCCUCGUUCACAGGUGUCAUUCCCAGAAAGGAAGCAGGAAACACAGAAUCAAGUGCGUUGUGACCAGCUGGUGUCAUUUCUCCCAGAGGCUGAUACCCCAGUCUACAUGAAAUUCAUGAAAAGUCACCGCUGCUAUGAUGCCAUUCCAACCAGCUGUAAACUGGUCAUAUUUGAUACCACAUUACAAGUAAAAAAGGCCUUUUUUGCACUGGUGGCAAAUGGUGUGAGGGCUGCACCUCUAUGGGACAGCAAGUUGCAGAGAUUUGUGGGCAUGCUGACUAUUACAGAUUUCAUCAACAUCCUUCACUGCUGUUAUAAGUCCCCCAUGGUUCAGAUGUAUGAGCUUGAGAGCCAUAAGAUAGAAACAUGGAGAGGUGAUUCACUUCGAAGUAAAUACGGAAAUGUCUAUUUACAGUAUUCCAAUAACUCCCUCAUUAGUAUCUCUCCAGAGGCCAGCCUCUUCGAAGCCAUCUAUUCCUUACUCAGAUACAAAAUCCACAGGUUGCCUGUGAUCGAUCCAGAGUCUGGGAAUGUCCUGCACAUUUUGACCCACAAAAGAAUCCUCAAGUUCCUCCAUAUAUUUGGGAAAAAACUUCCCAAGCCUGCAUUCACACAGAGGCCGAUCCAGGAGCUUGGGAUAGGAACUUUCAGGAACAUCGCCACUGUCCACCAAACAUCAUCAGUUUACGAUGCCCUCUCCAUAUUUGUGGAGAGGCGGGUGUCUGCACUGCCAGUGGUGGACGAACAAGGGAAAGUGGUGGCACUCUACUCCAGAUUUGAUGUCAUUAACCUAGCAGCCCAGAAGACUUACAACAAUCUGGACAUGACAAUGCAGCAGGCUGUUGAGAGGCGCACAUGUUGUGUUGAGGGGGUGAUCAAGUGCUAUCCACAUGAAACCCUGGAAACCGUUAUAGACCGCAUAGUCAAAGCUGAGGUCCAUCGGCUGGUCCUGGUGGACAGGGCUGAUGUGGUGAAAGGUAUCAUCUCUCUGUCUGACCUGCUGCAGGCCAUGGUCUUAACCCCUGCAGGUAUCGAUGCCCUCUUGUCCUAGCGCCAGGGGAAAGAGGGGGGCCCCCCUCCUCUCCUUUAUUGCCUGUGCAGGCUUGAGUCCUGGAAGUGUAACCAGGCAGAAAUUGACAUGUGACUGAGAUGAAACAUCAGCUCUGCUGCUGUUAAUACUAAGAUGCUUUCUGUGAUCUCCGGCUAUGAAUGGACCCUAAUCCCUUAAUGCUCAGGUCCACAGCACAAAGUAGCACUUGAUGAGUAAAUGUUUACUCAGUUUUAUACAUUUCUCAAUUAAAUUUGUAUUUAACCUU